ACAAACCGGGAGCACCACACAAAGCCCCGGCGGCGUCGCAACCCGCUCCUCCAUCUCCAAUGGCGUCUUCUUUUUCGUUAUUACUCUGCCAGCCUCACGGCGGCAGCAUCUGCAUCCGUCUCCCGAAACGAUGCUCCUCCUUCAAUUUCGGAAUCCUCUUCUCGAAGCCCCUCCGUGCGAACCAUUUCACCGCCCACUGGCUCUACAGCGCCGCCACGCCGCCACCGUCUAGGAGCUCAGCAGCGCCCUCCGCGGAAUUCUCCAGAAGCUUCUCCCACUGUCAAUCUCGCUCUUCCCUCCCUAACAGGGAACAGAUCCCAAGCCUCCACCACUUCGUCCCCAAAGCCACACCUUCAAUCACUGGCACCAUCCAUGCCUCCGACAUUCACGCAAAGUGAGAUUUACCCUUUUCCAUUUUCUUCUGUUGAUAUUCUAGAAUGCUAGUUUUGAUGUUAAUAAGGAAUUGGAAAGCUCACAUCACUGUUAGGAGUUUAGGAUAGUGAUAUUUUCACUAAAUAGGACUAAAACAUAACUCAUUUACAAAGGACUUAAACUUGUUUAUUCUCUAAAUAGUACUUAAUAAUGUUUAGUGAUGGCAGACAAAGCCAGACAUUUACUUUAAUAAUAACUAAUGGAUGAUGACCAAUAGUCCUACUUUGAGAAAUAAAAACAUAUGGUUCUAUAUUGAGAAAGUCAUUAUGUUUUAGUCCUAUUUAGAUAAAGUCCCCUUUCAGAUAUUAGUACCAUUUCUGUGAAAUAUCUAAACCUUUUAAACUUUGUAAAGUCAAACUGUGAAAGUUUUUUUUUGGAACGGAGGGUGUGUGUGCGCGUGCGUGUGUGCAGAUUAUGUAUUUAUUUCCUAUGGAGUAGAUAUUAUCAAAGUGAAAAUGCAAGUCAAAACCUUUUUUCAUUGUUUCGUCUUAGUCUAGAGACAACGGCAACUGAAGUUCUUCCAAGAGGUCGGAUAUACCAUGAAACGUAUGGAUGCCAAAUGAAUGUGAAUGAUAUGGAGAUAGUUUUGUCCAUAAUGAAGAAAGCAGGUUACAAUGAAGUUGUGGAUGUUCCAGAGAGUGCAGAGAUUAUAUUUAUAAACACAUGUGCUAUAAGGGACCAUGCAGAACAAAAGGUUUGGCAGAGGCUAAAUUACUUUUGGUUUUUGAAGAGGCAAUGGAAGACCAAUGUUUCCAUCGGAAGGUCUCGCUCGUCACACCCUCCUAAAGUAGUUGUUUUGGGGUGCAUGGCCGAGAGGUUGAAGGAGAAAAUAUUAGAUGCAGAAAAGAUGGUUGAUGUAGUGUGUGGGCCCGAUGCUUAUAGGGAUCUUCCCCGACUACUAGAAGAGGUGGAUUACGGCCAGAAGGGAAUCAACACUCUCCUUUCACUUGAAGAAACAUAUGCUGAUAUAACCCCCGUCCGCAUAUCCAAGAACUCAAUUAGUGCUUUUGUUUCUGUCAUGAGAGGCUGCAACAAUAUGUGCUCUUUUUGCAUUGUCCCUUUCACUAGGGGAAGGGAGCGCUCCCGUCCCGUGGAGUCAAUUGUGAGAGAAGUUGGGGAGCUUUAUGAGGAAGGUGUCAAAGAGGUGACACUUCUUGGUCAAAAUGUAAAUAGCUACAACGACACGUCUGGUGUACAAAUGGAGGUUCCUCAACCGGGACCCGACUGGAAGCUGAGUGAAGGAUUUUCAAGCAGAUGUAAAGUAAAACAUGUGGGUUUGCGGUUUGCUGAUCUUCUUGAUAGACUUGCAGUAGAGUUCCCUGAGAUGCGGUUUAGAUACACGUCCCCUCAUCCAAAAGACUUUCCUGAUGAGUUACUAUACGUGAUGCGAGAUAGAUACAAUAUCUGUAAGAGCAUUCAUCUGCCUGCACAAUCAGGGAACAGCACAGUUCUUGAAAGGAUGCGGCGAGGGUACACACGUGAAACGUACCUUGAUCUUGUGCAAAAGAUACGGGAAAUUAUUCCUGACAUAGGCAUAAGCAGUGAUUUCAUAUGUGGUUUUUGUGGCGAAACAGAGGAAGAGCACAAAGACACAGUCAGCCUGAUAAAGACUGUCGGUUACGACAUGGCAUACUUGUUUGCCUACAGCAUGAGGGAGAAAACGCACGCGCAUAGAAAAUAUGUGGAUGACGUCGCCGAUGACGUAAAGCAGAGAAGGCUCUCAGAACUGAUUGAGACUUUUAGGGAGAGCACAGGGGAGUGCUAUGACUCCAAAGUGGGCACUCUCCAACUGGUGCUAGUCGAAGGCCCCAACAGAAGAGCCCCUGACACAGAGCUCACAGGCAGGAACGAUAGAGGCCACCGCGUGUGCUUCCCAAACCUAAGCGUCCCUGAUAAGGUAGAGAACAAUGGGGAUAGGAAUGCAAAAGUGGGGGAUUAUGUUGAAGUGCAGAUAACGAAAUCCACAAGAGCAUCGCUGUUUGGAAAUGCAGUUGCUAUUACCAAGUUGAGCUCUUUCCACGGCUUUUUUCGUGAAGAAGCUGUUGCUUGUGCGGGCUCGAGUUAGCUUUAUCUUCAUGUUCUUCAAUGUCUGCUGUCAAGUGAUCACAAGAGGGAGUAUAUUAGUUUGUAUUGGUGUUAUUGGACCAACCCAAAUGUACCAAAGCUUAUUCUACCAAGCCAAGCUUUGAACUCGCAUGGCACGAGUCGGGUGCACCCGAUCUGGAAGUGAGGUCCAACAUGAUAAUGGACUGUGACAACCUUGAAAAUUUUCCUCCUUCAAACCUGAGUAGGAGAUCAAAUUCUAAAUAUAUUGAGAUGUUCUUAAAGCUUCUCCCUCAUUACUAUAGUUAAUAAUUACGGUAUUUAUAAUUUUCAUAUAUUUGUGGCUCACUAUUGUGAUUUGUAAAUUAAUGUCUACCCCGGUA